CCGUGUUUUCUAGGGAAGGCAAUAGCAGGGUCACACUUCCUGUCUUGGUUUCAGCAUGAAGAAGGAGCAGGUGGUGAACUGUCAGUUUUCUGCGUGGUAUCCCAAGUUUAAGCGGCUCAGUAUCAGGAGUGUUAUAAUCCCACUGCCAGAAAAUGUGAAGGACUACUUACUUGAUGAUGGAACUCUUGUUGUCUCUGGAAGGGAGGAUUUUGCAGGAUGCUCCCACCCAGACUCGAACAGUAAUGAUGAAGAGGAAGAUGAGGUACAGUGGUCAGAUGAUGAAAACACGGCAACUCUUACAGCCCCAGAAUUCCCAGAAUUUUCGAUAAAAGUCCAAGAAGCCAUUAAUUCCUUGGGUGGCAGCGUUUACCCUAAACUGAACUGGAGCUCUCCAAGGGAUGCCUAUUGGAUCGCACUGAACAGCUCUCUGAAAUGUAAAACCCUGAGUGACAUCUUUCUGCUUUUCAAGAGCUCUGAUUUUGUGACACAUGACUUCACACAACCGUUUAUUCAUUGCACAGAUGAUUCCCCUGACCCCAAUGUAAAGUAUGAGCUUGUUCUAAGGAAAUGGUGUGAGUUGAUCCCAGGUGGAGAGUUCAGAUGCUUUGUUAAGGAAAACAAAUUAAUAGGUGUAUCACAGAGAGAUUAUACCCAAUAUUAUGACCACAUCUGUAAACAAAAAGAUGACAUCCAAAGAGCAAUACUGAAAUUCUUCAAAAAAAACAUCCAGUACAAUUUCUUUGAUGAAGACUUUGUUUUUGACAUGUACAGAGACAGUGAGGGGAAAGUUUGGCUAAUUGACUUUAACCCAUUUGGAGAAGUAACGGACUCAUUGCUGUUCAGCUGGGACGAACUGACUAAAGGAGCAAAUCCAGGAGAUGAAGAAAACGCUGAUCAGGAUUCUCCUACAUUUCGCUAUACAACCAGUGACGUCACAGUGCAGCCCAGCCCUUACUUGAGUUACCGUUUGCCAAAGGAUUUUGUUGAUCUUUCUACAGGAGAGGAUGCUCACAAACUUAUUGAUUUACUUAAACUGAAACAGAAUCAACAAGAAGAGGACUCUGAUGAUUAGGUCAGUCUAAUCCAUCCGUGUGAGUGACUGCUUACCAUGGUGUUUUUAUGGUUAAUCAAGUGAAAGUUAGAAUGGAUGGAAUGGAGCUCCCACUAGAUCCAGAGUGCGAUCACUAGAUCAAGAAAACACAUGAACUUUUAUACUUCAAACUCUCUGUUCUUUUUGCAGUCCCUAGCUGCUCU